AUGGCUACUGAAAAGCGUGAGAAGCUGGAAGCCCAGAUUAAAUCUGCUGAUAUGAGCGAAGACAUGCAACAAGAGGCAAUUGAAGUCGCAACGGAGGCCAUGGAUAAAUACCAUAUCGAAAAGGAUAUUGCGCAAUACAUAAAGAAAGAGUUCGACCUGCGCAAAGGCGCAACCUGGCAUUGCAUUGUAGGGCGCAAUUUUGGCAGCUUCGUGACACACGAAACCAAGCAUUUUAUAUAUUUUUACGUGGGCCACUGCGCCAUUCUGCUCUUCAAAACUCAAUAA